UGAUUUUCCUUACCAUGACGUCACAAAUACAAGAUGUCCGCCAUUCGAUCAAGUUGAGCUCAGUAUAAAAUUUUUAAAUUAAGAAAGAGGAGCCACAGUAACUAAAGGACGGUAGAUGUAUCAAGUUUAUGCCAAAUUGUCCGGUGACUGAUGAUAAAGAGGAAUUCGUUUACAUUAAUUAGUAGACAGAUGAUAUAGGAACGCGUGUGUUUAUUCAGUCAGUGAUACCGUAGCUAAGGAGACUGCAAUGGUUUAUCGUCUAGUACAGAAGAAUUUCCUGGCCGUGUUCGACGUUACCACAGCGAUGAUGGUCAAGUUUAUAUGUUUAUUACUGGUGGUGUGCUCAGUCCAGAGCCUGCAGCUCGACAGUCAGGCCUCCACGAGAAGACCGAGGGUCACGAAGUACAGCAAGACGACUGUCGCUCCCGGAGGAUCUACGGAAGCGGUAACGGAACGAAGCUUGAACACCGCGACGUACAGGCUGCUGGGCAGAGACGGCGAGACCUGCAUACUGCUGAUGGUGGACGCACUGCUAGACAUAUCCUACGUCACUAAGCUUAAUGAGAGAGCCGAUGCAAACACAUUUGUCCCGAAUAACGCCAACGUGGCUGGAGCGUGUAAAGAGAGCGAUGCAGAAACAUUAGUGCUGACCUUCAAGGAUUUCGCUUUGGAGUUUUCGUUUUCGAAAACACCCGGAGGUGAACGCUGGUACGCCGACAGUCUCCGCCUGACAUACAACUCGAGCGCUCGCAUCUUGGAGCACGCAGCCAACCAGGGACGCAAGGUGACCCUCAGCACCGACUCCAGGGAACUGCUGUUUCCAACACCUGUCGGGAAGUCUUACUCAUGUCCUGAGGAAACUGUUAUUGAGCUGGCGGAGGAAGACGCUAACCCCGCCACAAUCCACCGAGCAAAACUGUACCUCCGCGAGAUGCGACUGCAGGCCUUCAUGUACAAGCGCGGCGGCGAGUUCGGGCCCGCCUGGGCUUGCUCGCGCGCCGCCCGCGCCCGCGCCGAGACCGCGCCCGUAGCCGUCGGUGCAGCUCUCGCGCUCGCCACAGCCGCCACUCUCGUCGCCUACGCAGCUUGGCGCUACCUCAAGGUCAAGAAGGUACAGUAUGACACCAUGGAGUAGACAACCAACUGUCAUUUUACUUUUUUGAAAAUAGAAUUUUUAUUGCAACAUACCAGGUUUUUGUACUCAACAGACGUUUGCGUUCGAAGUAGUGUUGUUGCCAUAUCGAUUAUUUUUAGUUCGAUAAAUUUUAUAAUAUUUUCGAUUACUAUUAUGACAUUUGAAGUAAUGUACGUGAUUUGAAGAUAAUAAAUAAAAGAAUACUUACUAAAUUUCAUCAAGUUUUAGAUAAAUUGACUCUAGAUAGACAACUAAAUUCACAGUGAAAGAAACAAAUUGGUCUAAUUAUAAUGUUUUUUUCUUUUUAAGGUAAACUUCUUUACACUUAAAUGAAAGUGUAUGUCUAAUAAAAAAGUAUUUUUCUGCCUAUUCUUGAGUUUAUCUUUUUUUAUUGUUUUCAAAUCGAAAAAUGCCUUUUUCUAAUCUUUAUAUUUUGACUGAUCUUCCUCUUUGAUUUCUUUGCAUAAGUGUCUUUUUUCCAAAAAACUAUUUAUAAAAGGAGUUUUGAAGUAGAUCGUUGAUAUAGUGAGAUCUAUAAAGAUUGUCUUGUAUGCCAAGUGGUAAAAUUUCUUAGUGCGGUAGACCAAACUGUUGUUAUGUGUAAGAACUAAGAAUCAAGUGAGAUUUAUUAAUGAUAUUGUGCAUUGUUUACACUUCUGUAAAUAUUUUGUGAACCUUUCGUUCAAACGAACGAAAAAUUAUUAUCUCUUGAAAUAAAAUUACAACAACGAUAUGAAAUCCGUAACAAACCGACAUUGUUAUGCUUUGAUUUAUAAAAAUAUGUACACAAGUGUAUGUAAGUAAAUUAUUGUAUGAUACAUUUUUAUAAUAAUUCUAUCUAUUAAUAUACAUUAAUUGAAUACAAUAUUAUUUUACCACGAGUGCUGAAAAAAAUAUGGAAAAGGUGUCAAAUCAAAAUGUGCGAAAGAUAAAAGAUUUUUUAAUAUUCGUCUGUUAAGAUCAUAAAUAUGCACAAUACGUAGAAUUAUUAUAAAAACGAGCAAAAAAUGACAAAUUGAAUCACUUUAUCGAGUAAAAGUGAUGUGCGCUAUCGAUAAGAUUGCUCGAUAAGUCGAUAUUAGCAUAGUUACAGUAAAAACUAUUAAUCAAAUAACUGUUUUAUAUUUAUAUGUAUAUUCAAGAAAUCUCAAAUAAUCAGAAAAUAUUAAGUGAUUGUUCAAAAUGUUGUUGAUGGUUGAUAUGAUGUAAAAAUGUAUUUAAUCCCCAUGUAACCCCAAAUAACCUAAAUAGGAUAGUUUUAUGAAUUGUAACUUGGUUUAAACGAGAAAAUUGGCUUACAUAAUAAUUUGAAAUAUUGUUAGAAAUAGUUUAGAAUAAUUUAGAUGUGGGCUUAGCCAGGAGUAAGUAUUGCUAGUGUAGUACAGUAAAGUUUUAGCUUUCGGAUGCAAAUGAUUUAAAAAAUCUCAUGAUAUGAUAUUUAUCCCUAAAAGUUUAGGAAAAACAUAAAAUAAGUUGCACAAAAAUAUGAGUGAUUUAUUGUAUCUUAAAGCUUGCACAAAAAACUUGAUUUGGUAAUUAAGCACAAAUUAUCUGUCUAGAGAGAACAAUACAAUACCAGCUGAGUUCUUAUUUUGAAAUGGUCUGGAUUGUCAGUGGAAAAGCCUAUACGGCUAAAACCUGUUGAGGUAAAUGAAUUGGGAAAAUAAAACCAGUUGGCAAUUAAAGUCUAGUAAGAGAAACAGUUGGCGUUAGAUUACAGCCAAAGGUAGUCAAGCUGUGGACAAGGCUAGAUCAAAUCGGUUGAUGAAGUCAAUGUCCAACAGUGGACCAAUAUUAUAUAGGAGACAAGGAAAAGGCCUGACAACUCACCCUGGCUAAACCCACACAAAUAAUACAUUAAGUUAACAAACUCGAAUUAUUUAAACAUGUAAUCAUAGUUAAUCGAUCAUUACUCAUUAAAUACAUAUCAAAGGAUAAUAAAAUAUACUUUUUAAUUAAAAAAUAUCAUUGUAAUUAUAAUGAGGAUAUAUUAAUUUGUGAUUGUUUGCGGUGUAGUGUUAAACUACAUUCGUUAUUACGUGUACAAGCAAUAAGUACGUUUUUAUUGAAUGCCGUCGGUACGACAAUGUGGCUGAAUAGGUGUUGUAUUUGUGCGCAAAACUUGGUCCCACUAGUGUCUUUAUAGUUUUAAGUGAUUAAAUUAAGUACACAUUGUAUAGAUACAAAUUAUAUUACUUUUUAGCUGGUAAUGUAUCUUUUGUGUAUAUUUUUACUGCUGGAAACUGGUUAGCGUAUCUUAUAUUUCCGUUUUUAAGACAGAGAGAUCAUAAAUAUCCGCGUUUAGAUUAUAUAUUUCUUUUAUCUCAGUGUAUCCUUUGUCGAUCUACCUCUAUAAUCUUCCAUACAAUACUUCUAUUUUUUUCGAAAUAUUUUGUUUUUCUACAGCUUGCAUAGAAUAGGAAUAUAUUUUUAAACUAUACCUCUUUUAGUAUUUAAGUUGUUUAUAUAGGAAGACAUAAUUUAGUGUAAUGAUGAUGAUAUUUUUUAAUUGUAUUAUAAUCUGUGGCACUAGUACCAAGUUUUGCUAGUUAAGAUUUGCUGUGUGUUACGCUUCAUGUCUAAGUCGAAAUGACUUAAUAUUAUUUAUCAUACUAAUACUCAUCAAUUACUACACAUAUCGUUUAUUAAUAAUAUCUAAGUUAAUGUGGACAUGCGUUUGUGAUCAUUGUUGUAUCAUAAUCAUAAGUUAUAAUUUGUACGGAGUUAGGGCUAGGCUAAGUUAGAUCUAUAGUCCCUCGUAAUCGCUUAGCUGUACAUAGCUUAGGUUUGACAACAAGCUCCUUGCUUUGUUUUUCGUAUAUUUAAAUUUUUCGAUAUAUUUAUUACACUACAAUAGCUUUUCUCAUUCUAUUGUACUGUACAUAUUUCUUGACUAAGUAAGCCACUUUUCGAAUUUUACGAUUUGGAUAGCACUGUUUCAUCUUCAAAGAUUUUACUCUUAAAUAGAGCUCGACUUCGGAUCGUGUUUGGGCUCAAAGAGAUUGAACGAAGUUUAUAAAAGUGGGUUCCUAAGUUUUUAUGCACAGCAAUCCGUUCUGCCAAUGAACAAAGUAGAUGAAUUUUAUUUUCGCACAAAAACAAUUGAAUCACAAAACACAGAGAAAAUUAAUAAUAUUGAAGAGAAUGUCGGAUAAAGCCAACAUUAGUCGGGCUCUUAAUAUCUAAUAAUAAUUAAUUAAAUUCAUUUUAAGGAUUCUGAUGUUUCUGAAAACUUUUUUCUACUAGAUGAGAAAAAUAAAUAAAAUAUAAUUCUAUUUUCCUAAUAUUUUGUAUUGUACUCCUGUAGAUUUUUUUCCUCAAUAGUUUGGUAGCAUUACGUACAUAUCGGUGCAUUUGUAUUAAAUGAUAUUGUACUAAAAUAUUAAAAGCCAUACGAUUUGUCUUCCAGUAACUGAUCUAUAUAUCAAUAGCGAGUAUUGUAGCUUAUUAUAUACAUAAUUAUGAAUAUAACGCAAAGGUGGUGAUGUUAUGAGUUUACAUUCCCUGUCUAUCUCUUCUAUCAAGGUUUAAAACCUUUAAGAAUGAUACUUCAUACAUAUUAAAACCGAAAAUUUUCAUAUAAGUACUAAUGAAAUAUGAAACACCAAAAAUUAUUAUAAUAAUAUUUGGUAAAACCAUAAUAAUCACCACUGAUUAAUUUUAAGUGACAUAUCUCAAAAUUAUUGUAAUUUAGUGCGUUCAUUUAUUGAAUUGUCUUUAUGAAUAAAUGACGACAAAAUA